AUGAUAUUUUAUGUUGUUAAAAUUUUAUGCUUUCCCGGCAAGCUUGGCCUUCCAGUAGUCUUUCUUGUUUUUGGGGGCUAUGACAACCUUGACGAUGAAGAAGAGGAUCCCAAAAAGGCAAGGGGAGGGCUUCCAACUCUGGGUGCCCACUUUGCAUCGGAAAAUUCCGUAUCCGAUGGUCGCGGUAGACGCCAAACUAGGGACGAUGGUUCGGUCGGAGCGAGAAGCGCUGGAAGUUUGGGAUGCGGAACUGCUCGAUCCCGCAACCGCAGUUCAUCUCGAAGUGGGCGCUACGGGUACAACGCAGGUCAGGAGCGUCUCUGUCUUUCUGCUGUCCCUUCCACGCCGAAGAAAUCUGUCGGUUUGGCAGCGAUGCUGUACUGCAAACCGUUGGAUUUAGGAGGAGGAAAGGACGACGAUGACGAGCAAGAUAUUGAUAUCUUUGAUGUCAGCGAUACACAAAACCCUGCCGAAAGCGACGACGACGAUGAUUGCAAGUGUGUGGGUUCGGACGACAAUCCUGCCGUAGCCGACAAG